AUGCAACUUGACCGGACCAAAUCCAAACUCCGACUGACCAAUUCUAAUUUUACACAGGUUGAGCUAAAAAUUUCCAGGGAUAGUGGUGAAGACCUUGUCACCUACCGCAAUGCCGGUUAUAAGAGUUUCGGGGUAAAAUGCCACCUACUGCGAGCCAUUGGCGAGAAGCCGAUUGUUGGGCACACCAAUGGUGACAUAGAUCUUGGUGCAAGUGAGAGCUCAAAGAAUGAGAGUCGACGACCCAAGAUCAUCCUCGGAUCUUGUUGCCCUACAGGCCAAAAUGCAAGAGCAAGCGGCGAGUUCUAUCGCAUCAAAUUAUCUGCCUUCAAUAGCGAGAGAUCUUCCAACUUUGAUCUUCAAUUGGAAAUCAAAAAGGACUGCAUAGGUGCUAUUGGUGGAACACAUAUCCCAUGCAAGGUUCCUAUUGAGGAACAAGCUAGAUUCAGUGGAAGGAAGGGGAAAACCACCCAAAAUGUGUUGGCUACUAUCACCUUUGAUUUAAAAUUCACCUAUGUCUUGGUUGGUUGGGAGGGAUCAUCCACAGAUGUGAUAGUCCUAUAUGAUUCUCUACGAAGGAAGGAUAAACUCAAUGUACCCGAAGGAAAGUAUUACCUCAUAGAUGCAAGCUAUAGAAACAUGCCUAGAUUCUUAGCUCAUUAUCGAGGCACAAGGUACCACCUCAAUGAGAUUCGAAGUCGGUUACCAGAAUCAUCAAGAGAAAUAUUCAACCAUAGGCAUUUCUCAUUGAGAAAUGUAGUAGAAUGUGGUUUUGGUGUAUUGAAAAAGUGAUGGGCCAUUCUUGAUGCCACCCAACACUUCGACUUCAUUACACAAGUCAAAAUUGUCCUUGCAUGUUGUGCCCUCCAUAACCACAUAAUGGGAGUUGAUCCAAAUGAUGCAUGGACCCGAUUCGUAAUUCGAGAGGCGGACUCACAUAGGGCUGAGACCGAGGUUGAGGUUAAGGAUGAUAUGCUAGUGGGGGACAACCUAACUCAACGACUCCAAAGGAAUGAACUUACAAGGUGGUCAUCCUUCAAAGAUCAACUUGGCUUGGAAAUGUUUAAGGAUUGGUAAAGAUCCCGAUGUUGAGUUUAAUGAGUGUAUUAGUUUUUUAUAAUUAAAGCUAUGCCUUUAUGAUUAUUGCUAAUUUAAUGCUCUCUUUGACUAAAUGUUGAUUCAUCUAUUUUUUGAAUAGUUGAUUUUUAGUUUGGUACUAUGGCUAAUGUGGCAAACAUCAUCUUUAUGCUUUUAUUACUAGUAAGAAAUGGUCAUCAUCUUAAUUUUUAUUGUUGUUAUAAUCAUUAUUAUUAGCAAAUAAUUUUCACUUUAAUAUAAGGUUGAUUUAUUAAACAUUUUACAUUUAUUUCAUGGGAUGA